AUGGCGGCCGAAACGAGACAAAAACAAGAUGAUGCUCAUCACGUUGAGCGGAGUCCCAGCUCCGACUCUAGCAGUACUACGCAAGCAGAUGAGCAUAGCAGGAUGUCGCUUGACACAGACGAAGGAGAACACCAACGAGCGGCCGAGUUGCAUGCACUGGCCAGGAUAUCAACACAAGGGUCGAUAAGUGGUCACACGCCUCUCUUCCCCGUCCGACCUGGAACCAUCCUCGAUCCCAACAGCCCUGACUUCGAUGCCCGCGCUUGGGCCAAAGCCUACUACAAGGCUCGUGCCGCCGCCUCUGACCAGGUCAGGCCUAGGACCUCUGGGCUGGCCUUCAAGAACCUCGACGCCUAUGGCUACAGCACGGGCGUCGACGCUCAGAGGACAGUGCCGUAUAUGUUCCUCAAUAUCGGCGAGUACAUGGCCCGCUUGAUGGGCCGCAGCAAAAAGCAAAAGGUCGAGAUCCUUCGCGACUUCGAAGGGAUUGUCCGCAAGGGAGAGAUGCUCUGUGUGCUUGGUCCGCCGGGCUCUGGCUGUUCCACCUUGCUCCGCACGAUCGCAGGCGAUACGUAUGGCUUCCACAUUGGUAAAAACGCCUACCUCAACUACCAGGGAAUCAAGGCGGAGCAGAUGAACACGGCCUACAGGGGAGAGGCCAUCUAUACGGCUGAGACUGACCACCACUUUCCUCACCUGACCGUGGGCGAGACUCUCUACUUUGCUGCGCUGGCAAGGUGCCCCAAGAACAUGACCACGAAGGCCUCUCGCCACGAGUAUGCCGAGCAUAUACGAGACGUCACCAUGGCCAUGUUUGGUAUCUCUCACACGAAGGAUACCCGUGUUGGAAACGACUUUAUCCGGGGCGUGAGUGGCGGUGAGAGGAAGCGGGUUACGAUAUCUGAGGCCGCCCUGGGUUACUCGCCACUACAGUGCUGGGAUAACAGCACCCGUGGCCUUGAUAGUGCCAACGCUGUCGAGUUUUGUCGGACGCUGCGAACCCAGGCCGACACUAUGGGCUGCACCUCCUGCGUAUCUCUCUACCAAGCCCCUCAAGCUGCCUACGAGGUUUUCGACAAGGUCAUUGUUCUCUACGAGGGGCGCCAGAUCUUCUUUGGAAAGGCGGACGAAGCAAGGGCCUACUUUGAGGAUCUCGGCUUCAUCUGCCCGGGUCAGCAGACUACGCCGGAUUUCCUUACCUCGAUGACAAGCCCCACCGAGCGGGUGAUCCGUCCCGGCAUGGAGGGGAAGACUCCUCGCACGCCUGAUGAAUUCGCAGAGGCUUGGAAGAAGAGCGCUUGCCGGGCGAGUUUGAUGGACGAAAUCGAAAGAUAUGCAGGCGAGCACCCCUUCGACGGCCAGGACCACGAGGAGUUCCUCAUGUCGCGCAGAAGCGAUCAGUCCAGCGCGCAGCGAAAGAAGUCCCCCUUCAACCUCUCCGUCUGGCAGCAGAUUCAAAUUACCCUCUGGCGAUCUUGGGUCCUCCUACUGAGGGAUCCGUCCACCACCCUGACCAUGCUCGUCUGCAAUUUCUUCGAGGCCAUCGUCAUCGCGAGCAUCUUCUAUAAUCUCCCGGCCAACACGACCAGCUUCUUCCGCCGUACCACGCUCUUAUUCUUCGUGGUCUUGAUGAACGCUCUCGGCGGUAUGCUCGAGAUCAUCCUGCUCUACGCCAAGAGAAAGGUCGUCGAGAAGCACUGGCGCUACGCAUUCUACCAUCCCAGCACUGAGGCAAUCGCUAGUAUGAUUGUCGAUCUGCCUUACAAGUUCGCGAACACGCUCCUCGUCAACCUUACGAUCUACUUCAUGUGCAACUUGCGGCGGGAACCCGGCCCCUUCUUUUUCUUCUAUUUGGUGUCUUUCCUCCUCGUCAUGGUCAUGUCUAUGCUCUUCAGGCUGAUGGGUUCGCUCACCAAGACCCUCGAGCAAGCCAUGGCCCCUUCCUCUCUGGUGCUCCUGGCCCUGGUCCUCUACUGUGGCUUCUCCAUCCCUCCCAACUACAUGCAGGUCUGGCUGGGCUGGCUGCGGUGGAUCAACCCCGUGUUUUACGGUCUUGAAAGCGUCUUCCUCAACGAGUUUGUGGGCCGAAAUUUCACCUGCAGCUCGUUUGCUCCCCAGGGUCCCGGCUAUACCUCUACAGAGCCGACCUGGAGAGUGUGCACGGAGCCUGGUUCCGUAGCCGGUCAGAGCUGGGUCGAAGGCGGCGCCUAUCUGGAAGCUUCCUUUGGCUUUGUGAAUUCGCAUCGCUGGAGGAAUAUCGGUAUCAUUAUUGCUCUGACGCUGUUCUUCCUCGCCCUUCACCUACUGGCGACUGAGUACAUCUCAUCUGAGCACACCAAGGGCGAAGUGCUCAUCUUCACCCGCAAGGCGCUCAAGAAACAGCGGAAGCAAGCCCGGCCGGACACCGAGUCCGGUACUGUUACUCUGGCGUCCGACAUCAGAGCAGCUGGAGAUAGCAGUGGUGAGGGCAAGACCGAGAUUGCCAGGCAGACCUCGGUCUUCCACUGGAAGGAUGUUUGUUACGACAUCAAGGUCAAGGACGGUACGCGUCGGAUUCUGGACCGGGUCGACGGCUGGGUGAAGCCCGGCACAUUGACUGCGCUCAUGGGCGUCUCGGGAGCUGGAAAGACGACCCUCCUCGACGUUCUCGCCAGCCGAGUCACCAUGGGUGUGGUCACUGGGGAGAUGCUCGUCGACGGCUACCAGCGCGAUGCAAGCUUCCAGCGCCAGACCGGCUAUGUCCAACAGCAGGACCUCCACGGCGUCACUUCUACAGUCCGCGAGGCGCUCGAGUUUAGUGCUCGUCUCCGUCAGCCGUCCAAGUACACGGAAGAGGAGAAGAUCGCCUAUGUGGACACGGUCAUUGAUCUCCUGGAUAUGGGUGCCUACGCAGACGCCAUCGUCGGCCAGCCCGGCGAAGGCCUCAACGUCGAGCAGAGAAAACGACUUACCAUUGGUGUCGAACUCGCAGCCCGACCGCAGUUGCUCCUUUUCCUGGACGAGCCCACGUCAGGUCUCGACAGCCAGACUUCUUGGUCCAUCUGCAACCUGAUGGAGAAGCUCACCAAGAACGGACAGGCCAUUCUCUGUACCGUUCACCAACCUUCUGCUAUGCUCUUCCAGCGCUUCGACCGUCUGCUGUUGCUUGCCAAGGGUGGUAAAACAGUCUACUUUGGCCCCAUUGGCAAAGACUCCGUUACGCUGAUGGACUACUUCACCCGCAACGGCGGCCCUCCGUGUCCCGAUGGAGCCAACCCGGCCGAGCAUAUGCUGGAGGUCAUUGGUGCCGCGCCUAGGUCGCAUACCGAGAUCGACUGGCCCCAGGUGUGGCGCGACUCGCCCGAGUACCAGGGGAUCCAGGAGGAACUCACCAGUCUGAGCACUUCUCGCCUGGAAAAGACUCGCUCGGCCAUCGAAAGAGAUCGGACACAAAAAGCCGAGAUGGGGGAGUUUGCUGCCCCGUUUAGCCAUCAGCUGCGGGUUGUCACGUCGCGUCUGUUCAAGCACUACUGGCGCAGCCCUGGCUACAUCUGGUCCAAGAUGGUCUUGACGGCUGGUGCGGCCCUGUUCAUCGGCCUGUCACUGAUCAAUAGCGACAACACUCGUCGAGGCCUGCAGAACCAGAUGUUCAGCAUCUUCAUCUUCAUGACCGUCUUUGCCCAGAUCGCCAACCAGAUCGCGCCUUUCUUCUGUGACUCGCGCACCCUCUACGAAGCCCGUGAGAGGCCUUCCAAGGCUUACUCGUGGAAGGCGUUUAUGGCCUCCAACUUUGUUGUCGAGUUGGCAUGGAACUCUCUCGCCGCCGUAUUCGCCUUCCUCCUGUGGUACUUCCCCGUGGGCCUCUACCGCAACGCCGAGUGGACGGACCGCGUCAACGAGCGGGGUAUCACGACCCUGCUCAUCGUCUGGGUCUUCUUCAUGAUGGCGGGCUCCUUCGAGCAGAUGCUCAUCGCGGGCCUGCCCAGCCCGGAGCUCGCGGGCGGCGUCUUCAACCUCUUCUUCAUCCUCAUGUUCGCCUUCUGCGGCGUCCUCGCGGGGGCCGACCAGCUGCCGGGCUUCUGGAUCUUCAUGCUGCGCGUCAACCCGCUGACCUACGCGGUCGAGGGCCUGCUGGGCACCACGCUGGCCGACGCGCCGGUGCAGUGCGCGGCCAACGAGAUCGUGCGCAUGGCGCCCGCCGGCGGCGCCACCUGCGCCGAGUACCUGGCCGGGUUCCUGCAGGCGGCGGGCGGGUACAUCGCCGGCGGCACGGCCAACAGCACGCAGGAGUGCCAGUACUGCGGGCUGGCCGACACCAACGCCUUCCUCGCGGGCAUCAACAUGAACUUUGGCAACCGCUGGAGGGACUUUGGGUUCCUGUGGGCGUACAUCAUCUUCAACCUCUCCGCUGCGCUGUUCUUCUACUGGCUGGUGCGCGUGCCCAAGGCCAGUAAGAAGGCGAAGAAGGAGUGA